AUGCACCAUGGCAGCAAUUUCCUUCACCGCCUUUGAAAGCUGACCAAUCCUUAUAUAAAUAAACUUCUUCUCCAUUUAAUUCAUUCAAGUUCUUGAAAAAACAUAACAUUCUUUAUUAAUCAACAGAAAUAAAAACUAAUUCUUCAAUUUUCGUUUCUUGAUAAUAUACAGUUUAAUCAUGGCUUUAUAUCACAUAUUCUGCUUAAUUAACUUGCAGAAGGGGUCAUCCAACACAGAUUUAUUUUCUUGGUUAUUGCUUCACAUUGAUAUUUUAUUAUCUAAAUUGUUUUUCAAUAAGGUUAAUGUUUGCAUUAUUCAGAAAUUUUUCUCAAGAUUUUGGUUCUCUCUGCAAUCACAACUAGAGAGCAACAGCAAGAAUCAAGAUUCUGAGUUGUCCGAUAACCAGCAGUGUUGCUUGGACAGCAAGAAAGAUGACAGCAGCCUGAUCUGCAGAGAAGAAGUGGAGAUGGUGAUGGGAGAUUUAGGCCUUGUUUGCACUGUAGAAAGUGAGAAGCUUAAAGGUUCGAUGGGUUUCGAUGAGCUUUCGCAGGUGUUCGACGAAAAGGAGCCGAGUUUAGAUGAAAUUAAGGAAGCUUUUGAUGUUUUUGAUGUGAAUAAAGAUGGGUUUAUUGAUGCAGAGGAGUUGCAGAGAGUUCUUUGUAUAUUGGGAUUAAAGGAAGGAUUUGAGAUUCAAAAUUGCAGACAUAUGAUCAGAUCAUUUGAUGAUAACAAAGAUGGGAGAAUUGACUUCAAUGAGUUUGUGAAAUUCAUGGAGAAUAUCUUAUCUUGAUUGUAUUAUUUACUUAUUUUUGUUUCUGGUGAUUAUCUUGAUUAAAAUCACUGGAAAUUUGAAAUUCUUCUUGCACUA